AUAUUUUCUGUUAUGAGUUUAUUUGAGGAAGUUAACAACCUUUUAGACACAGAAAAAGAUAGAAUGGCGUAUGAGUAAUAUAUUUAAUAUCCUUAAGUACUUACAAUUCAUUACUUGAUUUAUAAAGGGAAAACUAUGGAUUCUAUGAAAUUUAUGAAGCAUUCUUCCACAACACCCAUUCAAAUUUAGAUAAAUAUCUAAAAAAGAUUAAGGAAACAAUAGCUAAAAAUACUAAGAAUAUUGAGAAUUUUAAGAAUGCUUAUGACUUUGGAAGUAUGCUUAGUGUGAAAGAAAAAUUCAAAUUGUUGAGCAUUGAUAAAUUUUACAAGGGUUAAGGGAAAUUGCCAAAAUGGUUUGAUGAAUAUAAAAUGGAAUAACUUGAAAGGGCAAGGGAAUAUAUUAAUAAUUUUGCCUUGCGUUCUUAUAAAAAUAGAGUUAAUGAGACAGUGAUGGCUGAAAGGAAACGACUUGAAAAAAAAGUACUUAAUUUAAUUGAUGAAAUUCAUGCUACUUAUAAUGUAGAUCAUAAGUUGGAUCCACCCAUUCUAAAGAUUUAAGAGUUACAACAUUGUAAGUAGUUUAAUUUAUGCACAUUAGUAAUUGAAGAGUUAUAAGAGUAUGAUCGCAUAAUAUCUGAAUUAGUUAUAGUUGUAAUGCAUAAGGUAGAUGAGGCAUGCGCAUAGAUAGUUAGAAACUUCCUUGAAUUUCAGUCCAAAUGUGAAACACUAUUUAAAUGAAUUCAUUUCAUAAAUUUAUAAUAAC